CCUGGGUUUAUGGUCUAUCCUGGUUCCUCAGUGUCUCUGUAUCCAAAUGCCAGAAGAACACAGGUGACGAAUAAGGCUGAAAGUCCUUCAUCCGGGGUUGAUGAGUUCAAGAUGAAUAAAACUUCCUCUGCAGGAUCAUCAGCUGAAGGAUUUGAUGUGGAGGAAACAGAGAAAGAGAAACACUCUGAGGAUGAACAUUGGCCUGCACUGAUCCACAAACAGGAUUGGACUAAACUUAAACCUGAGGUGAACAGUACAGAUGCAGACGAGGCUCCAACUUACAGCCUUCAGUCUGCAGCAGGACACUUUGAAUGCAGAGUCUCGGGCUUGCGCUGGGUCUGUAAGGGAAAGACCAGCUUUCAGUACCAGUUUAGAUCUUGGGAGGGACACAUGGAGAGGAUGGAGAGCAGACAAUACAUGCCUGCAGGUCCUCUGAUGGACGUCACAGUCACUGCUGGGAAGUUAAAUGAAGUUCACCUGCCACACUGGAUCUGCAUCGCUGACGUCCCUGACAUAUUGGACAUGUUUGCAGUCGUUCACAUAGAUGACUGUGGAGAUGUUGUGGAAAAAGUGUCUGAGGUCACACCAACACAUGUCAAGUUAACUGAACCAAAUUUCUCGAUAAUAGCAGCUCUGAUACGUUCCAUAUUUCCUCCAAAAAUCAGCUGUUACAUGUUGAUGUACUAUCAACCCAACACAUCAUUCCUCAAACUCCACGUCUAUCUGAUACGACAGGAUCCUGCUCUGGAACAGGAAAUUGAUGAGAAAUAUCGUGAGAAAAAUGAUGAGAAAAAAUCCAAUUUGAAUUUUAAAAAAAUCAUAAAGCAUCCCCCAGACAAGUACCUGCAAACUGAGCGUCUUUUCAGCCUCAAAGCCGACAACACAAGUGCAAAAAUUCAACCGAAGGAGUUAACCCUCAGAUACAAUAGGCAAAAUUUCUAUGAGGUGUACGUUAUGAAUCCAGGCAGUGAACUCAUACUUACACUGGUGCGCACUCACCCAGCUGAUGGUGAACCAGCUGAUGAGCCACUAUGGAAAUGUGAAAUUCGAGCAGAUGACCAUCCAGAGUCUGGUCAAGCCAAAGAUGAAAGAAGUGAUAAAGUAAAAGAAAACCACUUUGUGGAUGAACACAGAGUGGAGCUUAUCCAGAGAGUGACCAACAUCGAGCUGAUUCUGGAUGAGCUCCUGAAAGAAAAAGUUAUCCAGCAGGAAAGUUAUGACAGAAUCAGAGCUCUGCAGACCUCUCAGGAAAAGAUGAGGGAACUCUACAGCGGUCCCCUGAAAGCUGGCAGUGCCUCCAAAGAUGUCUUCUACCAAAUCCUUCAGACACACGAGAGACUCCUUGUUAAUGACCUCUGCUAAAAGAAAGUUUGCUGAAAUCCAUUUUGUUGUCACGGUCCGGGGUUGUAUCGACCUAGCAUUUUGAGUUCCUUAUGUUUUGGUUUAUUUUUGAAUGAUGGAUUGUUCUUUAUGUUUCUCUGGUGCUUUGAUUUUUAUUAUUAUCUGUGUUUCAGUUAUUCUGGUAUGUUUCUGCAUUAUGACUAAUGCCCCCAGAGCUGUCUCCCCGUCGCGGCCGUUGCCGUCUGCACGGUGCCCCCCCUGAACUUUUUAGGGACUCAUGAUAGAUUUAGUUUAGUUUUGUCGGUUUUCCUGGACUUUUGCUCCUUGUCUUUUGGAGCAACCAAAAGCCAUGACAUUUGUGUUCUUCAGUUAAAGUAUUUACAAAAGGGAAAUGCUGACAUUAUGUCUCUGUGUUUCUCAUAUAAACAUAAGAAAUAUCUGACUCUUUAUUUUAUGCUUAAAUGUCAUAGUGGGUGGAUUUAUAAUUUGGACCUGGUGACAUCAUACAGGCUAUAUAUGAACGUUUACUCUGUUGUUAAUAAUUACAGGUGCUGGUUGCUGUACAUGAAUCCUGAAAACAGGAAAGAAAUGAUGAGACUGGGAGACGUGUCACAACUGAGCUUUCAUCCCACUUUCCACUUUGUCUACAGAACAACAGAAACUUCCAUGUGUGUAGAAGAAGCAGCUGUUUGUUAGUUAUCAGACUUUUACAGUUUUUGUAUUUUUAUAUGAUUCUUUUUAAAUUUAUUAAUUAAUUUGUUUAUUUCACUUAGUUUCACAGUGAGUUUUUGCUCAUUUCAGUGUUUGAAAAUGUUUCUAUUAAUUUCAAUGUUUUUAAGCAUGUGUCAGAGGAAAGAUUUUGUCAUUUUAGUUCAGUAAAUAAACUUGGUCGUGGUUGAAGGUGAUGCUAUCAGGAGGCUGUCUCUACAUAUUCUCUCACGCUCCUUCAUGCCCCAAAUCAAAAUGGUGAAUGGGGUAAAGUGGAUGGUGGUGCUGAGAUACGGCUACUCACAGAAAAACACUUUACUCCAGUUAAAAACCUUAAUAAAAAUGAUAAAAUAAAGAAAUCUACAAAUCGAACUGAAAUUAUUCACUAUUUGGUUUUCUGUCAAAAACAUGAUGAAAAUCGGCACAAGAAUAAAGUUAAUUCCAGCAAAUUUAAAUGUCUGAGCUCAACAGUCCUCUCCUCAAACUGGCUGUUCUCCCGCUUGUAUUUCUGCUUUCUGUCGGCCCUCCAAGAAACCGCAGGUCUUCCUCUCUGCUGACAAACGUUUAGUGAAUAACUGAAACUCACAAUAUUAAAGAUUUAUACGGUCUGUGGUAAAUUACAGCCAGAAACCCGAGUAUUCAGCCAGAAAAAAGUAGCUAAAUACUACUGGUAUGUGAAUGUAAUCCUUAUGUAGCCGGAUGGGCUACAAGCCUUUCUUUUUCUCUCUUUCUCGCUCGCUCUACGACCCUCGCUCUCUUUCCGCUGCACUCGCUCCUUGUAUCAUGUGAUUGGGCUAAUUAGGAACCCACCUGCAUAUUGAUUACAGGGUGGUGUCUGUCUGUAAAAAGGGAAGCCGGUUUUUUGUUGGAUCAUUCCAACAGCUUCUGGCGCGACACAGCAGUAAAUGCACAGCAGUGUGACUGCUACAGGUAGGCUUCCUUUUUACCUCUGAUUUCUCUCAGAAGUAGGUAACUAAUAGUCAUAUUUCUGCGGCCCGCUACAGCGCGGCUGUUUCUCUUUUCUUUACUUCAGCCGUGGUGGAGAGAUGCGUUUGAGUUGCGUCCACCGUGCAGUAUUGCGCCUCCAGUCUUGGGGUAAGCCGCUUAUAUUAUAGCUGCUAGUAUUUGUAAAUUAAAGAUUAAGGUUAUCUUUGCCUUUUUGUUUGUAGGGUUUGAUUGCUGCCGCACCCUCUCAGGGACCAUCCGCCUGAUUUUAAGCGAAGAGUCGAGAUGCCUGCCUAGUUGCUGUCUUGUCUUGCCUUGUUUUGCCUUGUGUACCGUUCUGUUGGCUGUCCAGUUUUGUUCCUGCUGCUUCGCCUCGCCUCGCCACUGUGGGCUUUGGGUUUCACUCUAAGCCCCUUCUGGACUAUCGUUUCACUCCAGCUUUCGCGACUGGUCAGGGCGAUCCUCAGCUGCAUAUUGGGAUGGUGCUACAAAACUGGUACUGCCUCUCCUUUUUCUCCCAGUUGUGGAGAGCUGCACGAGACUGAGUGGGGCUACGGACCUUCAGAACCAGCACCGGCUGUGGGCUGGCUCGCAGAGUGCAGUCCAAUCUGUGCUCUGUGGUGUGUAUGCGGGUGCUUUAUUGCAGAUCUCAGUUUUUCUUUUAAUUCUUUUUUUUAAGUAGUUUUUUGCUGUCAUUGUUGUUUUGUUUUUAUUUUACAUUAAUAAAUAAAAUUGUGUUAAUAUUUGA